UUCUGCAAAGCUGCAAAAGCUCCGCUUUGAAAACUGCUGCCCCAGAGUGCAGUUGCUUAGCUGUCCUGUCAGCAUUGUUCUAAUGCUCAUUCCAUAUGUAUGUCACAUAGGAGCGGUACCCUCCUCCUCCUCCUCCUCCUCCUCUCUCCCUUCCCCCAAUCCAUGCAUUUGAAUCUUUUUUUUCCUCCUAAAGACUGAUUUUUUUUUCCCAAGGAGCCUGCAAACAGGGAAAUUCAAACUGCACGAUGCUGUGCCGUGCUUAGUUCUGUAGCCAGGACCAGAUUCCUCUUACAAAAAGUGUUUGCUCUUGUUCCUUCUUUCCCUCGCUCCCUCUUUUUCUUCCCUGUAAGCACAAAGGCUUUUAAACCCUAAGAUCUGUAGUUCUUUUUGCUUUUUCUUGUUACCGUGACAGCAUGUAUCUCUGUUGCUGAAGAAUGAAGCAGGCAGGCUGGAGUUUUUUUAUGUUCAGUGCUUUUGGGACCACUAAGGAGCAGUCCGCAGAGAAAUAUGUACAGCAACUGUGCCAACUGAGUUUCUCGUGCCUGUUAUCUGUCACUUAUUCUGACUAAAAGGGUGAAAGGAUGAUGUGAUGGAGGUGAACAUGGGCCACUGGUCAGGCACACGGCCCCCUCCACCUUGUCUUGCCCUUCUGCUUGCUGAGCUCCUGGCCUCCCUCUUCCAGGUAGCACAUGGAGCUGCCCCACUUGGCUUUCACUUCACUCAUUCCACUUACAAUGCAACUGUGUACGAGAAUUCAGCAGCCAGGACCUAUGUCAACAGUCAAACAAGAAUGGGCAUUACCUUGUCUGACCUUUCUUGGGAUAUCAAGUACAGGAUAGUGUCUGGCGAUGAUGAAGGCUUUUUUAAAGCAGAGGAAGUUGUCAUUGCUGACUUUUGCUUCCUGAGAAUAAGGACUAAAGGUGGGAAUUCUGCUAUAUUAAACAGAGAAAUUCAGGACAAUUAUUUAUUGAUAGUGAAAGGGUCUGUCAGAGGAGAGGACUUGGAAGCGUGGACAAAAGUGAACAUCCAGGUUUUGGAUAUGAAUGACUUAAGACCUUUGUUUUCACCAACCACAUACUCUGUCACAAUAGCAGAAAGCACUCCACUAAGGACUAGCAUUGCACAGGUGACUGCAACAGAUGCAGAUAUUGGGUCCAAUGGCGAGUUUUAUUAUUAUUUCAAAAGCAAAGUUGAUCUCUUCUCAGUACAUCCUACGAGUGGUGUUAUCUCCUUAAGUGGCCGGUUAAACUACGAUGAAAAAAACAGGUAUGAUCUUGAGAUUUUGGCUGUGGACCGUGGGAUGAAGCUCUAUGGAAAUAAUGGUGUAAGCAGUACGGCUAAGCUUUAUGUUCACAUUGAACGUAUAAAUGAACACGCUCCAACGAUAAGCGUAGUAACACAUGUUCCCUUCCCAUCAGACAAGGAGCCUACCUACGCAGUCAUUAACAUUGAUGACCUAGAUGAAGGAGCCAAUGGAGAAAUUGAAUCCGUUUCGAUUGUGGCUGGAGAUCCGCUAGAGCAGUUCUUUCUGAUUAAAGAAGGCAAGUGGAUGAAUGAAUACAAAAUCAAAGAAAGAAAGCCUAUUGACUGGGACAGCUUCCCCUAUGGUUACAACCUGACUCUCCAGGCAAAAGACAAAGGAUCUCCUCAGAAAUUUUCUGCAGUCAAACUGGUCCACAUUGCUAGUCCCAAGAAAGAAAGCAUCCCCUUGAAGUUUGAAAAGGAAGCGUAUGAUGUUUCGAUCAGUGAAUUUUCACCUCCAGGUGUGGUGGUUGCAGUUGUUAAGCUGAUGUCUGAGCCCCUGGGUGUGGAAUACGGAAUAUCUCCUAGUGAGGGUGCUGAGAAUUUUAAGAUCAAUCCCAUCACAGGCCUCAUUACUACUGCUCGUUCAUUAAAAAUCACCGAGAAGGACCUCUAUGAGUUAGAAGUGUAUACCAACAAAGGUGAUGAUUUAAAAGCACAGGUUACCAUCAGGUUAGAAGACGCCAAUGAUCACACUCCAGAAUUCCAGCAGUCUUCAUACAGCUCAUUUGUCAAUGAAAGUGUCCCUGUGGGGUUUAGUGUUUUGGCAGUUUCAGCAGUUGAUAAAGACAGGGGAGAAAAUGGAUACAUAACAUACAGCAUUGCCAGUCUGAACUCACUACCAUUUAUAAUAAAUCAAUUUACAGGUGUCAUCAGCACAUCUGAAGAACUGGAUUUUGAGUCCUCACCAGAAAGCUACAGGUUCAUUGUGAGGGCUUCUGACUGGGGUUCUCCCUACCGGCAUGAAAGCGAGGUGAAUGUUACCAUAUACAUAGGCAACGUCAAUGAUAACAAACCCCUGUUUGAAAAGGUGGCAUGCCAGGGAGUGAUUUCAUCUGACUUUCCUGUUGGUGGUCACAUUACUGCUGUUUCUGCUAUAGACAUAGAUGAGUUAGAGCUUGUAAAGUACAAAAUAAUCUCUGGAAAUGAGCUUGGCAUUUUUUAUUUAAACCCUGAUUCUGGUGUCCUGCAACUUAAAAAAUCUCUUAUUAAUUCUGGUAUAAAGAACAGCAACUUUGGCCUUAAGAUAACAGCCACUGAUGGAGAGAACUUUGCUGAUGCUAUGUUUGUUAAUAUUUCAGUAGUUCAUGGGAAAGUAUCGUCAAAGACAUUUAGCUGUAGAGAGACAAGAGUUGCACAGAGGCUAGCAGAAAAAUUGCUCAAAAAGGCAAAAGCAAAUGUGAAGUUGAAUUUAGAAGAUGGUUUUCUGGAUUAUUAUUCAGUGAACAGACAGGCACCGCAUUUUGACAAAACCUUCCCAACUGAUGUGAUGGUUUCGGAGGAUCUGCCAGUUGGUGCCACCAUCCUGAGGAUAAAAGCCUAUGAUGCAGAUUCAGGCUUUAAUGGAAAGGUAGUUUAUACAAUUUCUGAUGGUAAUGCAGAUAGUUGUUUCAACAUUGACAUAGAGACAGGGGUACUAACAGUUCUUAUGCCCUUGGACCGUGAAAAAACAGAUCUCUAUAUCCUUAAUAUUACAGUUUAUGAUUUAGGUAACCCACAGAAAUCUGCGUGGAGACUGUUGACUGUCACUGUAGGGGAUGCAAAUGAUAACAAGCCUAUUUUUUUACAGGACAGUUACUCAGUUAACAUUUUAGAAAGUACAAGUCUUGGUACAGAGAUUAUACAAGUAGAAGCCCGAGACAAAGACCUUGGGUCCAACGGGGAAGUGACUUACUCAGUUCUGACAGAUACCCAGCAGUUUGCCAUCAACGGUUCCACGGGAGUGGUGUAUGUGGCUGAUCAGCUAGAUCGGGAAACAAAAGCAAACUACACCCUAAAAAUUGAGGCUAGGGAUAAAGCAGAGAGCGGCCAUCAGCAGUUUUCAGUUGUGCCUCUGAAGGUGUUUUUGGAUGAUGUCAAUGAUUGUUCUCCAGCCUUCAUCCCAUCCAGUUACAACGUGAAGGUGCUUGAGGACCUGCCAGUUGGCACUGUCAUAGCUUGGUUGGAAACCCACGAUCCAGAUCUUGGCUUGGGAGGUCAGGUCCGAUACUCACUGGUGAAUGAUUACAACGGGCGUUUUGAGAUAGACAAAGCCAGUGGUGCUAUCCGCUUGAGCAAAGAGCUGGAUUAUGAAAAGCAGCAGUUCUACAACCUGACUGUGCGUGCCAAGGACAAGGGACGUCCAGUUUCUCUCUCUUCUGUCUCUUUUGUGGAAGUGGAAGUGGUGGAUGUUAAUGAAAAUCUCUAUACUCCCUAUUUUCCUGACUUUGCUGUCAUUGGAUCUGUGAAGGAAAACUCCCGCAUUGGUACAAGUGUUUUGCAAGUUGUUGCUCGAGAUGACGACUCUGGAAGGGAUGGGGAGAUCCAGUAUUCCAUCAGGGAUGGCAGUGGACUUGGGAGAUUCAGCAUAGAUGAAGAGACUGGAGUUGUCUAUACAGCAGAUGUCCUUGACCGGGAGACAACCAAAUCCUACUGGCUGACAGUGUAUGCCACUGACCAUGGAGUCGUCCCUCUCUAUGCUACCAUCGAAGUCUACAUUGAGGUGGAGGAUGUGAAUGACAAUGCCCCGCUCACCUCUGAGCCAAUCUAUUACCCAUCCGUCAUGGAAAACUCCCCGAAGGAUGUAUCUGUCAUUCAGAUCCAAGCCCAGGACCCUGACUCCAGCACUAAUGAAAAACUGGCUUACCGGAUUACAAGUGGAAAUCCUCAGAAUUUCUUUGUAAUCAAUCCCAAAACAGGUCUGAUUACAACAACAUCAAGAAAAUUGGAUCGAGAACAGCAAGCAGAGCAUUUUUUGGAGGUAACCGUCUCAGAUGGAGGCACAUCUCCCAAGCAGUCCUCGGUCUGGGUGGUGGUCCAGGUUCUGGAUGAGAAUGACAACAAGCCCCAGUUUCCAGAAAAAGUCUACCAGAUCAAGUUGCCAGAGAGGGACCGUAAGAAAAGAGGGGAGCCGAUCUACAGAGCUUUUGCUUUUGACAAAGAUGAAGGCCCUAAUGCAGAAAUCUCAUACAGCAUUGUGGAUGGAAAUGAUGAUGGGAAAUUUUUUAUUGAUCCCAAAACAGGGAUGGUGUCUUCCAGAAAGCAGUUCACAGCAGGGAGCUAUGACAUCUUAACAAUAAAAGCAGUGGACAAUGGCCGACCCCAAAAAUCUACGACUGCACGCCUCCAUAUUGAGUGGAUCAAAAAGCCCACACCCUCACCCGUGCCCCUUACUUUCGAUGAACCCUUCUACAACUUCACGGUCAUGGAAAGUGACAAAGUGACAGAAAUUGUUGGGGUGGUCUCUGUGCAGCCAUCCAACAUUCCUCUCUGGUUCGACAUUGUGGGUGGCAAGCAUGCUCGAGAGAUGUUCUAUAUUCUACAGACAGCUUGUGGGCAGAACUGUUCAACAGAAGGAGGGAAUUACGAUAGUUCUUUCGACGCGGAGAAGGGAGUGGGCACUAUUGUCAUUGCAAAACCCUUGGAUGCAGAGCAACGGUCAAUAUAUAACAUGACUGUGGAGGUCACCGAUGGAACAAACAUUGCCACCACCCAGGUCUUUAUCAAAGUGUUGGAUAACAAUGAUAAUGGCCCAGAAUUUUCUCAGCCAAGUUAUGAUGUCACUAUCUCAGAGGAUAUCCUCCCUGAUACUGAAAUUCUGCAGAUUGAAGCUAUGGACAGAGAUGAAAAGCAUAAACUGAGCUACACUAUUCACAGCAGCAUCGAUGCAACCAGCAUGAGAAAAUUCAGAAUUGAUCCCAGUGCUGGGGUGCUCUAUACUGCGGAGAGAUUAGACCACGAAGCUCAAGAUAAGCACAUCCUUAAUGUCAUGGUUCGAGAUCAAGAAUUCCCUUAUAGAAGAAACCUGGCCAGAGUCAUCAUAAACGUGGAAGACUCCAAUGACCACAGCCCAUACUUCACCAGCCCGCUGUAUGAAGCCUCAGUAUAUGAAUCAGCAGCUGUGGGAUCAGCAGUUUUACAGGUCACAGCUUUAGACAAAGACAAAGGAGAAAACGCGGAGCUUGUCUACACGAUUGAAGCAGGAAAUACAGGAAACACAUUCAAGAUUGAACCAGUUUUGGGGAUCAUUACAUUACUGAAAGAGCCAGACCUAACUACAAUGGGACAGUUUGUUCUAUCGGUUAAAGUGGCUGAUCAGGGCUCUCCACCACUGUCUGCAACAGCAAUUGUACGGAUAUCUGUGACAAUGGCAGAUAACUCCCACCCUAAGUUCACUCUCAAAGAAUACCAAGCUGAGGUUAAUGAAAAUGUGGACAUUGGUACUUCUGUCAUCUCUCUUUCUGCAAUCAGUCAGUCCACAUUAGUUUAUGAGAUUAAAGAUGGGAAUGUGGAUGGAAUCUUCACUAUAAACCCAUAUUCUGGAGUCAUCACCAGUCAGAAGGCCCUUGAUUAUGAACGUUCUUCCUCCUAUCAACUCAUCGUACAGGCAACAAAUAUGGCAGGGAUGGCGUCAAAUGCCACAGUGAACAUUCAGAUUGUCGAUGAAAAUGAUAACCCACCAGUUUUUCUCUCCUCUCAGUACUCAGGCAGCAUAAGCGAAGCUGCUCCCAUAAACAGCAUUGUGCGGAGCGCAAAUAACAGUCCCCUCGUGAUUCGUGCCACGGAUGCUGACAGUAACCAGAAUGCCUUGCUUGUCUACCAGAUUGUUGAAUCUACUGCAAAGAAGUAUUUCACAGUAGAUUCCAGCACAGGUGCAAUCAGAACAAUUGCAAAUUUAGAUCAUGAAACAAUAGCCCACUUCCACUUCCACGUGCAUGUUAGGGACAGUGGAAAUCCUCAGCUUACAGCAGAGAGUCCUGUUGAAGUUACCAUUGAGGUGACUGAUGUCAAUGACAACCCACCAGUCUUCAGUCAAGCCGUGUUUGAGACUGUCUUGCUUCUGCCCACAUAUGUUGGUGUGGAGGUUCUCAAAGUCAAGGCUACAGACCCAGAUUCAGAGAUCCCUCCUGAACUCACAUAUAGUCUAAUUGAAGGCAAUAUGGAUCAUUUUUUGAUUGAUUCAAACACAGGCGUACUCACCAUUAAAAACAGUAGCCUCUCCAAAGACCAUUAUAUGCUAAUAGUAAGAGUAUCUGAUGGGAAAUUUUAUAGCACUGCUAUGGUGACAAUAAUGGUAAAAGAAGCCAUGGAUAGCGGGCUACAUUUCACACAGAAUUUUUAUUCUACUUCCAUCUCAGAAAACACCACCAACAUCACAAAGAUUGCUGUGGUAAAUGCUGUUGGCAACCGUCUUAAUGAGCCCUUGAAGUACAGCAUAUUAAACCCUGGCAACAAAUUUAAAAUCAAAUCCACCUCAGGAGUCAUUCAGACAACUGGUAUAUCCUUUGAUCGAGAGGAAAAAGAGCUGUACGAAUUGGUGGUGGAAGCAAGCCGUGAACUAGACCACCUUCGUGUUGCUCGAGUGGUAGUGAGGGUUUACAUUGAGGAUAUAAAUGACAAUGCACCAGUGUUUGUAGGGCUUCCAUACUAUGCUGCUGUGCAAGUUGAUGCUGAGCCUGGUACCCUGAUAUAUCGAGUGACGGCUAUUGAUAAAGAUAAGGAUGAAAAUGGUGACGUGUCAUAUCUUCUGAAGGAAGACUAUGGGCACUUUGAAAUAGAUAGGGGAACUGGUAGUGUCACUCUAAAGGAAGCUUUCAAUUCUGACUUAUCUAAUAUAGAGUAUUUGGUUGUCAUUCUUGCAAAAGAUGGUGGCAACCCAUCACUGUCUGCUUCCGUGGAGCUCCCCAUUACUAUUGUUAACAAAGCUAUGCCUGUGUUUGACAAGCCCUUCUAUACAGCCUCUGUGAAUGAAGAUGUAGAAAUCCACACUCCAAUUUUAAGCAUAAAUGCAACCAGUCCAGAAGGCCAGGGUAUCAUUUAUAUCAUCGUUGAAGGAGAUCCUUAUAACCAGUUUAAUAUUGACUUUGAUACUGGGGUUCUGAGUGUCAUCAGCCCCUUGGACUAUGAAAUAAAUUCUCUUUUCAAGCUGGUGGUGCGAGCGAGUGAUGCCCUCACUGGUGCUAGAGCUGAAGUCACUGUGGACUUGGUUGUUAAUGAUGUCAAUGAUAAUCCUCCAGUUUUUGAUCAGUCAGCUUACAAUGCUACCCUGUCUGAAGCAUCUUUGAUCGGGACUCCUGUAUUGCAGGUUGUUGCUACUGAUGCUGACUCUGACAAUAACAAGAUUGUGCAGUAUCAAAUAGUCCAGGACACCUUUAACAGCACGGAUUAUUUUCAUAUAGACAGCGCAAGUGGAUUAAUUCUGACAGCACGUAUGUUGGAUCAUGAACUCAUACAGCACUGCAGUUUGAAAGUCAGGGCAACCGAUAAUGGAUUCCCACCACUUAGCAGUGAGGUUCUUGUUAGUAUUUCAAUAACAGAUAUGAAUGACAACCCUCCUGUUUUUAACCAGCUGAUAUACGAAUCGUAUGUGAGCGAGCUGGCACCUCGGGGUCAUUUUGUGACUUGUGUCCAAGCCUCUGAUGCUGACAGCUCUGAUUUUGACAGGUUGGAGUACAGCAUUCUAUCAGGAAAUGAUCGGACCAGUUUCAUUAUGGAUAGCAAGAGUGGUGUAAUCACCCUUUCCAACCAUCGGAAGCAGAGGAUGGAGCCUAUGUACAGCCUAAAUGUCUCUGUCUCAGAUGGGUUGUUCACCAGCACAGCUCAGGUGCAUAUACAGAUCCUUGGUGCCAACCUCUACAGCCCUGUGUUUUCACAGAGUGUUUAUGUUGCAGAGGUCAGAGAAAAUGCAGCUCCUGGAACUAAAGUGAUCCAUGUGAAGGCCACAGAUGGAGAUUCAGGUGUAUACGGUCAGAUAAGCUACUCCAUAAUAAAUGACUUUGCCAAGGACCGAUUUCUGAUUGAUAGCAAUGGGCAGAUCCUGACAACUGAACGCUUAGACCGGGAGAACUUGCUAGAAAGUGAUAUUGGGAUAUUUCUGAGAGCACUUGAUGGAGGUGGCAGGACUACGUUUUGCACUGUGAGAGUGAUAGUAGUGGACGAGAAUGACAAUGCUCCCCAGUUUAUGACAGUUGAAUACAGAGCAAGUGUCAAAGCAGAUGUUGGGAAAGGUUACUUGGUGACCCAAGUGCAAGCAGUAGAUCCAGAUGAUGGAGCCAAUUCUAGGAUUACCUAUUCUCUGUAUAGUGAGGCCUCAGUUUCAGUAGCAGAUCUGCUUGAAAUAGAUCCAGACAAUGGAUGGAUGGUCACCAAGGGUAGCUUUAACCAACUUAAAAACACAGUUCUGUCAUUCUUUGUCAAAGCAGUUGAUGGUGGCAUUCCUGUGAAGCAUUCUCUCAUCCCUGUCUACAUCCAUGUUUUACCUCCAGAAACUAUUUUGCCUUCCUUUUCUCAACCUCAGUAUUCCUUCACCUUAGCAGAAGACACCCUCAUAGGCAGCACCAUUGACAAUGUGAAUAUUGUGCCUAAUCAGGGGGCUUUGUAUAGCACAGUUAAUGGAGAGCUGGCAGAAAACAAUAAAGAUGGCAUAUUCAUCAUUGAACAAGAUACAGGGCUAAUAAAACUGGAUAAGAGACUUGACCAUGAGACAAAUUCUGCUUUUCACUUCAAAGUGGCAGCCACCAUUCAGUUAGACAAAGUGGACAUUGUCCUCACAGUGGAUGUGGAUGUUAAGGUGUUGGAUGUAAAUGAUAACAAGCCUAUGUUUGAAACAGCUAGCUAUGAUGCCAUAAUAAUGGAAGGGAUGCCUGUAGGAACAAAACUUAUGCAAGUUAAAGCAGUUGAUGCAGACUCAAGUGCAAAUGGGCAGGUCACCUAUACACUUGCAGUGGAGUCAGAGUUGGAAAAGAUCACAGAAGCUUUCACCAUUGAUAGCAACAGUGGCUGGAUCAGCACACUAAAGGAUCUGGACCACGAGAAAGAUCCCACUUUCACGUUUGCAGUGGUGGCCUCAGACCUGGGGGAAACUUUAUCCUUGUCAUCAACCACCUUGGUCUCAGUCGCUGUGACGGAUAUAAAUGAUAAUGCACCUGUCUUUGAGCAUGAGGUGUACAGAGGGUCCGUGAAGGAGAGUGACCCUCCUGGAGAGGUGGUGGCUGUCCUUAGCACCUGGGAUGAAGACACAUCUGAUGUCAACCGGCAGGUUAGCUACCAUAUUACAGGAGGGAAUCCCAAAGGGAAGUUUGCUCUGGGACUUGUUCAGAAUGAGUGGAAGGUUUACGUAAAAAGGCCACUAGAUCGGGAAGAACAAGACAUUUAUUAUCUGAACAUCACUGCCACAGAUGGCCUCUUUGUAACCCAAGCUGCGGUGGAAGUGACUGUCACUGACGUUAAUGAUAACAGUCCAGUGUGUGAACAGGUUGCAUACACAGCACUGUUUCCUGAAGACAUUCCAUCAAACAAAGUCAUUCUGAAAAUCGGUGCCAAAGAUGCUGACAUUGGGUCCAACGGUGAAAUUCGCUACUCUCUUUAUGGUCCUGGGAACAAUAAAUUUUUCUUAGAUCCAGAAAAUGGUGAGCUGAAAUCCUUGGCCCCACUGGACCGUGAGAAAGUCCCUGUGUACAACUUGGUUGCUCGAGCUACAGAUGGUGGGGGCAGGUUUUGCCAGUCCGAAAUCCAUCUUAUUUUAGAAGAUGUUAAUGAUAAUCCACCAGUGUUUUCAUCUGAUCACUACACCGCAUGUGUCUAUGAGAAUACAGCCACUAAAGCACUGCUAACAAGAGUCCAAGCUACUGAUCCUGAUGUUGGUGUGAACAGAAAAGUUACCUAUUCCCUCGCAGACUCUGCAGAUGGUUACUUCUCAGUUGACCGGUCAUCGGGAAUCAUUAUUUUGGAGCAUCCACUUGAUAGAGAGCUGCAGUCUUCCUAUAACAUCAGCGUAAAGGCCUCAGAUCAGAGUAUUGUGCUGACCUUGUCCUCAUUUGCUACUGUUACCAUUACAGUGCUAGAUAUUAAUGACAAUCCCCCUGUGUUUGAAAGGAGAGAUUAUCUUGUUACGGUACCUGAAGACACAUCACCUGGCACUGAAGUUCUCUCUGUUUUUGCUACAAGCCAGGACAUUGGCACAAAUGCUGAGAUUACCUAUCUCAUCAGAUCUGGGAACGAGAAGGGGAAGUUCAACAUUAACUCAAAAACAGGAGCCAUUUCCAUUUCUGAAUCUUUGGAUUAUGAAUCAUGUAAGGAUUUCUACUUAGUCGUGGAAGCAAAAGAUGGAGGUACCCCAGCCCUGAGCGCUGUUACGACUGUGAACGUCAACGUGACGGAUGUCAAUGACAAUGCACCAAAAUUCAGCCAGGUGGUCUACAGUGCCGUCAUCAGUGAAGAUGCUGCAAUUGGUGAUUCCGUUAUAAUGUUAAUAGCAGAAGAUCUGGACAGUCCUUCCAAUGGCCAGAUUCAUUUUUCCAUAGUGAGUGGUGAUCAAGACAAUGAAUUUUCAGUCGAUCCUGGUUUGGGUCUUGUGAAGGUUAAAAAGAAGUUGGAUAGAGAAAGGAUAUCUGGUUACUCACUGGUUAUUCAGGCAAGGGACAGUGGCACCCCUCCUCUGUCUUCAUCUGUGACAGUCAACGUGGACAUUUCCGAUGUGAACGAUAACAGCCCUGUGUUUACUCCAGCUAAUUAUACAGCUGUAAUUCAAGAAAAUAAACCAGUGGGCACAAGCAUUUUGCAGCUGGUAGUGACAGACAAAGACUCUUUUCACAAUGGCCCUCCUUUUACCUUCACCAUCCUCACUGGCAAUGAAGAGGAGGAGUUUACACUGGACCCUAAUGGUGUCUUGAGAUCUGCAGUCAUCUUCAAACAUAUGGUUGCAACCGAAUAUGUUCUCUGUGUGCAGGCAAAAGACUCUGGGAAGCCUCAGCAGGUUUCCCACACCUACAUUCAGGUGAGGGUUAUCGAAGAAAGCAUCCACAAACCAACUGCCAUUCCACUGGAGAUUUUCAUUGUCACCAUGGAAGAUGAUUUUCCAGGUGGAGUCAUUGGAAAAAUUCAUGCCACAGAUCAGGAUGUGUAUGACGUCCUCACUUACACGCUAAAAUCAGAGCAGAAAAGUUUGUUCAAGGUUAACAACCACGAUGGGAAGAUCAUUGCUCUAGGAGGACUUGAUAACGGCAAGUACAUCCUCAAUGUGUCUGUCAGUGAUGGCCGCUUCCAGGUCCCCAUUGAUGUUGUGGUACACGUUGAGCAAUUACUUCAGGAAAUGCUGCAGAACACCGUCACCAUCCGCUUUGAGAAUGUUUCCCCAGAAGACUUUGUGGGCCUUCACAUGCACGGCUUCAGGCGCACCUUGAGGAACGCGGUGCUGUCCCAGAAACAAGACAGCCUGCACAUCAUCAGCAUUCAGCCGGUGGCAGGCAGCAAUCAGCUCGACAUGCUGUUUGCAGUCCAGAUGCACAGCGGCGGUUUCUAUAAGCCUGCCUUUUUGAUUCAGAAGCUUACCAAUGCCAGGAGACACUUGGAAAAUGUGAUUCGUAUUUCUGCUAUCUUGGAGAAGAAUUGCUCUGGACUGGAUUGUCAGGAACAACACUGUGAGCAAAGUCUAUCUAUUGAUUCCCAUUCCCUGAUGACCUACAGCACGGCGAGAAUUAGUUUUGUGUGCCCUCGCUUUUACCGGAAUGUUCGCUGCAUGUGCAAUGGAGGACUGUGCCCAGGGUCUAACGAUCCCUGUCUGGAGAAGCCAUGCCCAGGGGACAUGCAGUGUGUGGGGUACGAAGCUAACCGGAGACCUUUCAUCUGCCAGUGCCCACCAGGAAAGCUUGGCGAAUGCUCAGGCCACACUUCCCUUAGCUUUGCUGGGAAUAGUUACAUUAAAUACCGUGUUUCUGAAAAUAGCAAGAAAGAGGAAUUCAAGUUGGCUCUACGUCUGCGAACCCUGCAAAGCAAUGGGAUUAUAAUGUACACCAGAGCGAAUCCCUGUAUAAUUCUGAAGAUUGUCGAUGGCAAACUGUGGUUCCAGUUGGACUGCGGGACUGGCCCGGGGAUCCUGGGAAUUUCUGGCAGGGCUGUGAAUGAUGGCAGCUGGCACUCAGUUUUCCUGGAGCUGAAUCGCAACUUCACGAGCUUGUCCCUGGACGACAGCUACGUGGAGCGCCGCAAAGCCCCCCUCUAUUUCCAGACCCUCAGCACGGACAGCUCCGUCUAUUUUGGAGCGCAGGUCCAAGUGGACAACGUCCGCGGCAUGACCGACAAGAGAACCACACAGGUCUUGAGCGGCUUCCAGGGCUGCCUGGAUUCAGUCAUCCUAAACAACAACGAGCUGCCCCUGCAGAACAAGCGCAGCAGCUUUGCAGAAGUGGUUGGCUUGACAGAGCUGAAACUCGGCUGUGUUCUCUACCCCGACGCGUGUGAACGGCAUCCCUGCCAGAACGGCGGCACCUGUAUCAGCGUGCCAUCUGGUGGCUACCAGUGCAAUUGUCUCUCUCAGUUUACUGGAAGAAAUUGUGAAUCAGAGAUCACAGCCUGCUUCCCAAAUCCGUGCCGGAAUGGAGGCUCAUGCGAUCCCAUUGGCAAUGCUUUCAUCUGCAACUGCAAAAAUGGCCUGACUGGAGUAACGUGUGAAGAAGAUAUCAAUGAGUGUGAAAGAGAAGAAUGUGAAAAUGGUGGUUCCUGUGUCAACGUAUUUGGUUCAUUUCUCUGCAACUGCACGCCUGGCUACGUGGGGCAAUACUGCGGCCUUCGCCCCGUGGUGGUUCCCAAUAUACAAGCGGGGCAUUCGUAUGUGGGCAAGGAGGAGCUGAUAGGAAUAGCCGUGGUUCUGUUUGUCAUAUUUGUGCUGAUCGUCCUUUUUAUAAUUUUUCGCAAGAAAGUAUUCCGGAAGAACUAUUCCCGCAAUAAUAUCACGCUUGUACAGGAUCCAGCCACUGCCGCUCUGCUGAACAAGAGUAAUGGCAUCCAGUUCAAGAACAUCAGGAACAGUGGAGACAGCAGGAACAUCUACCAGGAGGUUGGGCCUCCACAGGUCCCUGUAAGGCCGAUGGCCUACACCCCAUGCUUCCAGAGUGACUCGCGGAAUAACCUGGACAAGAUAGUGGAUGGGCUUGGCGUGGAGCACCAGGAGAUGACAACAUUUCAUCCUGAGUCCCCUCGGAUCCUGACAGCCAGGCGGGGUGUGGUGGUGUGCAGCGUGGCUCCCAACUUGCCUGCGGUGUCUCCCUGCCGCUCCGACUGUGACUCCAUCAGGAAGAGCACGUGGGAUGCUGGAACAGAAAGUAAAGGGGUUGAUGACGCUGAAGAAGUGACCUGUUUUUCAGGAAGUAAUAAAGGCAGCAACUCCGAAGUACAGUCCCUCAGCUCCUUCCAGUCUGACUCGGGUGAUGAUAAUGCUUCCAUAGUGACUGUCAUACAGCUUGUCAACAAUGUGGUUGACACUAUAGAAAAUGAAGUGUCUGUCAUGGAUCAAGGACAGAACUACAACAGAGCGUACCAUUGGGAUACCUCAGACUGGAUGCCAAGUGCUCGUUUAUCUGACAUUGAGGAAGUGCCCAAUUUUGAAACAGCGGAUGGAGGCUCGGCUCAUCACGGCAGCACCAGAGAGCUGGAGACAGAUUACUACCUUGGUGGCUACGACAUCGACAGCGACUACCCCCCGCCUCACGAAGAGGAGUUUCUGAGCCAGGACCAGUUGCCACCUCCUCUUCCAGAGGAUUACCCGGACCAGUACGAAACCCUCCCGCCCUCGCAGCCGGUCUCGAUGGCAAAUACACUCAGCCCCGACUGCCGGCGACGGCCGCACUUCCACCCCAGCCAGUACCUCCCUCCUCACCAGUUCCCCCACGAGACAGACAUCGCAGGGGCUCAGACUGGGAACGAAUUUAGUACUUUUGCUGUUGGCCCAAGUCAGAACACAGAAAACGUUAGUGCAGGUAAGAUGCCCUUAACCUUGCACAACUCUCUAGAUGCCUCCUCCUCUGAUGUCUCAGCCAGCUGCGGCUUUGAUGACUCUGAAGUAGCCAUGAGUGACUUUGAAAGUGUGGAGGAACUCAAACUAGAAAAUGUUCACAUUCCAUUUGUGGAGACCCAGCAUCAGACACAAGUGUAAAGGAGGCUCCCUUCUUCUUUCUCUUCUUCCUCCUUUUUUUAGUUUUUUCUGUCAUUUGGUCUAAUUAAUAGUAUAAAUAUUGAGAAGAAAAUUUGCUGAAGGUGUAUCUAUAUAUAUUGGGCAAUGCAAAAAUACAGUAUAACCCAUUAUUAACUUGUUCAGAAAUGAUAUUGUAUGUGCAGACACGAAGAGACCAAUUGUGUUAAGUAUUACACAUUACGAAAUUGUUACAGACAAUCUGGAGAGUGUGUAACUUCUAUUUAUUGCUGGGAGUAAAACUUAUGAGGAAGGGGAAAAUGAUCUGAUUGCUGAAUAAAUUCUUUUUCUCCCUCCCACCUCCACCCAGGGUUUGGGGUUGUGUUUUUUUUUCUGUUGUUGUGUUAUUAAAAGUGUUACAGUGUUAUGUUCUUCCUGCAGUAUUAAAGAACUGGUAUGGAUCAUUCCAAGAGGCAAUUUUUGCAUGAAAUAUUGUCAGUGAAAGAGUGAAAGCAGUUGACUGCUGAAGCUGCUAUGUACAUCACCUACAAAUUGACCUAUCGAAGAUAGUCAUUUGUCCACAAAUAUUUGUCUGUGGUUUCGUUUGUUACAUAACAUUUCAUUCUACUUCAUGUACAUAUACAGCAAUGCAUAUACAGCGUAUAUUCACUGUAAAUUAGCCCACUGUGGUUGCUGUUUUGCAACACGGUGUCAGAUGUAUGUGUACAACUUCUAGAAAUGUCCCACCUUGUCUCUGUAUCAGCCCUGUUCUCUGCCCCAGCUGUGUACCUACAGCUUCCCUUGACUUCUGUAUGAAAUGUGAGCGUGGAUCUGAAAACAGUUGGAAAACCUAAGGUGUCUGUGUAACACGGCUGUUGAGGUUGUUUGUUAGUUCCUUGCUUGGGCAAUCUCCUCUUUAAUGGCAGUCAUCAUGCUGCAAUUAUUGAGGUAAAAUUAGUUGCAAUGAAGUUAACAUCAUUUGGCAAAUGUCCAUCCAUGGUGUUUAUGGGAAGAGCUCUCAGCUGCUGCUAAUGGACUCAGUCGGUGGGACUGCGCGGAUGGGUCAUGACAAGGGAUCUGGAUGUGGAUUUUCUGCUGGAUGUGAGUGUGAUUUCACAGGAUCUGAGAACUUCCAAAGGUGGUUUGCGGACUGCAGGAUGUCAUGGAAUAAAGACGGCGGCAUUGCUGUGUUCUGAUGCUUCCCUCAGCCUGGUUGGAGUAAAUGCCUUUCGCAAUGAUUGGCCUGAACAGAGUGCAAAAUGGAAAUGUGGAUUUGCACUCAGUGUAUACAUACCCACUGCUCAGUGCUAAGAAAAUGUUAUACUACUGCUUUUUAUAUCAUCUCUAUACCUUAUACAACAAAUGUGAGCCUGUAGUCUACAUUACUGCUGGAGUUUCAUCCAUUCCUGCCAUGGCAUCAUUCGGUCAUUUUGAUUAGCUGUUGAAUACACAUCAUUGUGAUUAAUGAACAGAUUCAUAAACAUAUUUCUUGUGCCACUUUCCAUAUCGUGUCUCUUGGUCAAACAUGUCAAUGGAAUAGUUUCAGCAGUUGUGUUCCCGGAUGUGUUCUUGACUGAGUGGAGUUUCACACAGAAUUAAGUUGUGGGUCAUUUCUUGUCAUACAGAAACUUUUUAUUCACAAAUCAACCCCAGCAAAAAGAAAUUGUUAGUAGAAUAUAAUUGAAAUAAUUACAGCUUGUAACACUUUUAAUAAAACGGGAUUUUUUUAAAUACUCAGAAGCAGGCAUGAUAUACAGUAAGUGUUCAUCAGAAAACAGCUCAUUAUGCAGGUACAUGAAUACACUGAGUGCGCUUUUGGAGAGACCACGUACUGCACAUACAAGUAUUGUCAGGUGCUUGUCAAUAGUUUGUGUCCAUUGAAUUUAUGAAUGUCACUCGGUCUUCUCAAAGUAAACAUGCUUCUGUAGCAGUGAUAUGUUCUGAAUGUGUUCACAGUAUGUUUCACCUCCCUUUUCAUGCUCUUCUCUUUGCAAGAAAGCAUAAUAGAUAUUUGUAUCGCAACUGCAAAGAACUAAGGGAUUCUAUGAUUUUCCAAUGAGCUGUGAAGUCGUUUGGCGAGCCUGGAAGCGCAAAGAGAGGAUGUGCAUUACUCAUCAAGUUGGUGUUGCAGGAAAGCAGAUGCAAGAAUUAGAUUGAUAUCUCUUCAAGGUUAGAAACAACUGAGUGGAAAAGCAAAGCUGGAAGUUUAGCUGCUACUAAGUAAUUUUAAAGCUGGCAUGGUUUUUUGAGAGCGUGGUACUCCUUCUGCAUCUGCUUGUAGCGCAUAUGGGGUUUGGCUCCUACUCAGUUUUGGUGUGAGACAUUUCUAUCUGUUAUGCACUUAGUUGUCUUUUGGCCCCCCGUUAGUUAUGAACUGUUCUUGUCAUCAUUUUUAUGUAGUGGGAAAUCUUGAGUAAGCCCAAGACACUGAUAUCAAAACUGUGCUGGGACAUAUCAAAAGUGUCACAAGGGAGAGCACCACAGAAGCUUAGCAACUGCCAUACAGAAAAGAUCAAUGUUUCUUACCAAGCUUGUUGCCUCAGUAAUAUCUUGUUGGUAGUGAAUUUUACUAGUAAAAUAUGCAUAAAUGCAACGUCUAGUACUGUUUCUGUUUUGAUGUUGUUGCCAUUGCAUUUCACUGAACACCUACUUGUUAAAGUGCUGUGGGGAAGGUGCCAAGGAUCACCCAUUCGUCCUUCUCUGUCCCUCUCACAAUUUCUAUACCUCAAUAUCUCCUCCCCUCCAAAUAAAGUAGUCCCAAUCUGAUUGUUCCAUCUUCAAACAAAUGCCCCUCUGUGUAUAUUGGUACUUCUGUGGCCUUUAUGGUUCAGUUCUGGCUCUUUCUGAUGGUGAUAAGACCUGAAUGCAGAGAUCAAAGUUAAAUACUUCUUAGGGAGUAAGACUUCUGCAUUAACUUCUCUCUUGUUAAUCCAAACCAUUUUAUUGUCCUUUUUACUCCUGCUCUACAUGGAGAGGCCCUAAUUUUCUAACCUGGAAGAUAACAACAUAUACACAACCUAAAUUAAGAACUAAGAAUUAGUGUUCACACUGUUCCAUCCAAUGUAUACUUAUUUUUCUGCCAUAUGCAGCAAAUUUAUGUUGCUUUUGUGUCUUUCCCACUCCCUACUUUUGUUACAGCUUCCCUUGCCAUCUCUGCUGAUCUGAUUGGCCUUGGUUCUAUCUCUGUAUUUCAGUUCAUGUUCCUGUAGAUGGCUCCACUACACACUGUUUUCUUUUAGGAUCAGCUAUGAGGGAAGAUUUCAUAGACUUUUUUUCUAGUGGAAUCUGGAGCAGUGCUGGCUUUCAUGCAUUGGUACCCCCAGAAACUCAGCCUGGAUGCAGCACAAGGAGACAGUGCAUGCCACUGUAAUGCUGAUUAAUAGAGAGGCAGUAGCCUGUUGUCUCUCAGAGCAAAGCAAGUGGAAAGCUUCAAAAGUGUGGCAUAAAAAUUGUUGCUGCUGGCUCAAUUAAAUAUUAGUUAUGAAAAGAAUUAAGGACAGAACAGGACAAAUGGUUAAAAACAUAAAUUACUCCUCAUCAAGUUCCUGUUAGAAAAACUAAUGGAAUGCUAUAGCGUGCCCUCAAUAAACGCAAACAUGGGAGGGUUGAAGGUGCCCUGGACUACUUUUUCUAAGUUUCAUUUGUAAAGGUAGUGUGCUUAAUAAUGGAGAAAAACAGCUGUUUAAAGCCAGUAGUGAAUGUACACCUGUGCUCUGUUGGUUGGUGUUGGUUUUUUUUAGCUAUUAACUGAUAAAUAAUGGACAUUUCAUAAGUUUCCAAAGAGAGAGUUACAUUUUCAGGUUCGUUCUCUAAUGAUUUACUGCCAUUCACCAUGCAGUACAACUGUGCUUUUUGCCUCUUUGCAUCAAUACACCAAACUGUCAAUUGAGCCUUAGCAAUUGAGAGUGUUGUCCAUUGUCCAUGGCCAUUAACCCGUGUUUCAUAAACCUGACAUUUAACAUCUCCAUUACCAGAAGGGGCAUUCAGUUAGUAAAUCAGCUGCAUUAUCCAAGGGAUGGGCGGGUGGGGAAGAAAUGAAAUUAAAUUCAUUUCAUUCUGUAAUAAUAAAAAGCAAUAACUACAAAUGUGUCGUAUUACACAAAGGCCAUAAGUAAUCUUUACCAGUGUUAAGAGUGCACUUGAACUGUACUAUGGAAAGAGAUUGGAGUCCUCGGAACUGUAGCUAUUCUUCUGUCAUAGGAAUACCUGAAUCGCUGUUAUUUAAGAAUGCAGUGAGCCCAUACUGCUGCUUUUCAGGAGGUGACAAAGGUGUUUAUGAACGAAAGCAGUUCUCUUUAAAGCACUGUAUCGGAAAAGAUUGUCUUGUAAAUUUUACCUGUUGCAAGCAGGCUGGUUUGUAAAAGAUGUAUGUUUUGGUGUUUAAAAAGAAGUUUAUAAAAUAAUGUAUAUAACGGUUUCAAAUUACCAGGCUUUUGUAGAUACUUGAUGCCAAUCAGGUCGCUUUGAUUUUUGUUUCUUUGUUUGUUUGAUGCCAUUCUGAAGAGUCAACAAAGUGUGUUUAAAUUUUUGAGGUAACAGAGGGAAAAAGAAGUUCUAAGAUUCGACAAGCGGUUCUUUUCAACCAUUUCACAAUGUACUGUAACUCUUCAGUUCAGCUCUUUUUGUUUCACUUUUUCUGUUUUUAAGGAGACGUUUUUUAUUGACUUUUUUUAAAUGAAAUGUGUUUUGCACAAAAAAAUAGCCGAGAGAUGAUUUCUAUGCCAUUUCAAGUAGGUAUUAGGCGAUGUCAUUUCUCCAAUGACAACAAAUUCAACCUUAUGCAAAAGGGAAGGUUUAUCACUUUGAGUGAGUAUAGUCCCUCAUCCAAAAACUAAUUGUUCCUUCAUAAUUGCUGUUGGCAGUAUUGUCUUGUGUUCUUUUGCUAUAAAAACAAAACAAAGAAACAAAAAAAUAUAUAAGUGUACAGGUUUGUAACUGCCAAAAUUUGCUAAAGUUGAUGGUUAAAACAAAUUUUCCAAGUAAACAAAAAGAAAAGCCUG